CAGUGUGUAAGAGACCGUCUGAGCGCCAACACACGCACACUGCCAUCCCCUCUCCUCUACCUCUCUCUUCCUCACACACACCUGCAAACACUCGGACACGCGCAGUUACGCACAAACACUUCUUGUCGGACCCGGGAGGAGAGGAGUGAAAGAGGAGAGUGAGCUCCAACUUGUUUCUGUCUGUUCUUGGGUCCACCAAUGCGCGGAUUUAAUUAUUUUUCCUGCAGACAUUAUCGGAAAGCCACCAUAAGGACCAGACUGGAGUAUGUAAAGUAAUCCUUUUUAGUACAGAGCAGCGCAGAACAAGAACAAAGAGGAGAAGAGAUGGAUGAACGGAGUUAUUGUCGCGCAUUACUGGUACCUUAUCUCUGCUUGCUACUUUUGGUAUAUACUGAAGGACAGUUCUUCCCAGGUGGCUGUACAUUUGAGGAGUCUUACAGCAGCUGUGGAUACAGCGUGUCUUUAGGAACCAAUGGAUUUACUUGGGAACAAGUCAACUCCUGGGAAAAACCCACCAUGGACCCUGCCCUGCCUACUGGUUCAUUUAUGGUAGUGAAUGCAUCGGGUCGUGCAUCUGGACAGAAGGCUCACCUGUACAUGCCUACCCUGAAGGAGAACGACACCCACUGCAUCGACUUCCUGUACUCUAUGUCUAGUCGGGACGGAGCAAGUCCAGGCACUUUAAACGUCUACAUCAAGGUAAAUGGAGGUGCUCAAGGUAACCCAGUUUGGAAUGCCUCCGAUACUGUCACUGAAGGCUGGGUGAAGGCUGAACUGGCCAUUUCUACAUUCUGGCCCAACUCCUAUCAGGUAAUAUUUGAGGCGGUUUCAGUCCAAGGCCAUCCAGGUUUCAUCGCCAUUGAUGACAUACGAGUUCUGGCUCAUCCUUGCCGUAAAGCUCCUCAUUUCUUGCGGCUGCAGAAUGUGGAGGUGAACGUGGGGCAAAAUGCUUCGUUUCAGUGUAUUGCUGGAGGGAAGUGGUCUCAGCAUGAUAAACUCUGGCUGCAGCAGUGGAACGGUAAAGACACGGCACUGAUGGUGACCAGGGUGGUUAACCACCGACGCUUCUCUGCAACCGUGAGCAUUGGUGACACGUGGCAGCGCAGCACCAGCCGCCAUCGUUGCGUCAUUCGAUCUGAUGGCGGAUCGGGAGUGUCUAACUAUGCCGACCUGAUUGUUAAAGCCCCACCCACUCCCAUCGCUCCCCCUGAACUGCUUGCCGUUGGCGCCACCUACCUGUGGAUCAAACCCAAUGCCAACAGCAUCAUUGGAGAUGGGCCAAUUAUCCUGAAAGAGGUGGAGUACCGCACCACUACAGGAAACUGGGCAGAGACCCACGUGGUUGACGCCCCCACCUAUAAGUUGUGGCAUCUUGACCCAGAUGUGGAGUAUGAGAUCAAGGUCCUGCUGUCCAGACCGGGAGAAGGAGGAACGGGACCACCGGGGCCACCACUGAUAACCAGGACUAAAUGUGCAGAUCCCGUCCACGGGCCCCAAAAUGUCAACGUGGUGGAUGUCCGCGCCCGCCAGCUGACAGUCCAGUGGGAGACUUUUGGAUAUGCUGUGACCCGAUGUCACAGCUACAAUCUGACGGUUCAGUACCAGUAUGUGUUCAACCAACAAGAGUUUGCAGCUGAGGAGCUGAUCCAGACGUCAUCCCAUUACACACUGAGGGGACUGCGGCCCUUCGUCACAGUCAGGCUACGCCUGGUCCUGGCCAACCCUGAGGGCAACAAGGAGAGCGAAGAGAUAGUCAAACAGACAGAGGAGGACGUACCGGGCUCAGUGCCGACGGAAUCGCUGCAGAAUACUCCAUAUGAAGAGAAGAUCUUCAUGCAGUGGAAAGCUCCCAACGAGACCAACGGGGUUAUCACACUAUAUGAGAUCACCUACAAAGCCCUGAGCUCUCUGGAUCCCAGUGCUGAUCUGACAACCCAGAGGGGACGAGUGUUCAAGCUGAGGAAUGAGACCCAUCAUCUGUUCGUCAGCCUUUACCCUGGAACCACCUACUUCUUUACCCUGAAAGCCUCCACCAACAAAGGCUUCGGGCCACCGGUCACCACCCGCAUAACUACAAAGAUAGCAGCUCCCAUGAUGCCUGAGUAUGAAUCAGAAACUGCACUCAAUGAGACGGAGACCACUAUCACUAUCCUGUUAAAGCCUGCCCAGUCCAGAGGAGCGCCAAUCAGCUCCUACCAGCUUGUUGUGAAGGAAGAGCGCAAGUCUAAAACUCGGCGUGCCGCCUCUGAAGCUCCAGAGUGUUUUUCUACCCCUUUCAGCUUCCGUAACGCCUCCAUCCUGAACUCUGCGUAUUACUUUGCUGCUGAUCUACCACCUUCCAGCCUCACGGUGGUUCAACCAUUUACGGUGGGGGACAACAAGAGUUACGGCGGCUUCUGGAACCCUCCACUCUCACCUGCCAAGAGCUACAGCAUCUACUUCCAGGCCAUGAGCAGAGCCAAUGGGGAAACCAAAAUCAACUGUGUCCGUCUGGCUCGCAAAGUGGUAAUAGGUAGGGGACAAAUAACAACGCCGUACAUUCUAGUCAUCCCAAGCGAAGGUGCAUCCACCCAGGAUUCAGACGCCAUGGAACCAGAGAAGCAGGUUGACGGUACGGUGAAAAUGGCUGGUGUGAUCGCAGGAAUCCUCAUGUUCAUCAUCAUCCUCCUCGGAGUCAUCCUCACAUUCAAACGCAGAGAGAUUCACACAUGGAGAACUCUGAGCGUGGGAAGACAUGCUUAUUCCUACUCUUAUUACCUGAAGCUGGCCAAAAAGCAGAAGGAAACUGCGAGUAGCUCAACUCAGCAGAGGGAGAUGGGUCCGAUCACCACAGCUGACAAGAGCACCACUAAAGUGAGCACCCUGCACAAAGACGACCCCUUCUCCACCUCAAGCCCAGACCUCAAUGGGUUCACCUCCCCCUCUCCCUGCUCCUUCUCUGUGCAGGGAAGCAAGACACUGCAGAGCAAAUCCUUGCUGAAUUCCUACUACUCAGUAUCCAAAGAGCCCGUUCCAGCCACAACUUCAAUAGAUGGCAGCCAGCCAUCUCUCGCCCAGCCAUCCCUGACAUUGCAGAGUUUUCCUUACGGAGGCUGUGAGUCUGUGGAGCUCUCCUACCAGAGCGGUCAGUUCCAGGCCGGCCAGUUUCAGCCAGCUAUUCGAGUUGCAGAUCUCCUCCAGCACAUCACACAGAUGAAAUGUGGACAGGGAUAUGGUUUUAAGGAAGAAUAUGAGGCUCUGGCGGAGGGACAGACAGCUCCAUGGGAGACAGCCAAGAAGGACGAGAAUCGCAACAAGAACCGCUAUGGCAACAUCAUCGCAUACCCCACAGACGAUCACACCAGAGUCCGACUGCAGCUGUUGGAUGGAGACCCCCACUCUGACUACAUCAAUGCCAACUAUAUUGAUGGGUAUCACAGACCUAGACAUUACAUCGCAACACAAGGGCCCAUGCAGGAAACUGUGAGGGAUUUCUGGAGGAUGGUAUGGCAGGAAAACUCGGCCUCUAUCGUCAUGGUUACAAAUCUGGUGGAGGUGGGAAGGGUGAAAUGUGUUCGUUACUGGCCCGAUGAGACGGAGGUAUAUGGAGACAUCAAGGUGACCUUGAUAGAAACUGAGCCCCUGGCUGAAUAUGUCAUCCGGACAUUCACCGUCCAAAAGAAGGGACAUCAUGAGAUCCGUGAACUUCGUCAGUUCCAUUUCACCAGCUGGCCGGAUCAUGGCGUUCCCUGCUACGCCACAGGACUGCUGGGCUUCAUACGGCAGGUCAAGUUCCUCAAUCCACCGGACGCCGGACCCAUAGCAGUACACUGCAGCGCUGGUGCCGGGAGGACAGGUUGUUUCAUUGCUGUGGACAUCAUGCUGGACAUGGCUGAGAAUGAAGGCGUGGUGGAUAUCUUCAACUGCAUCCGGGAGCUGAGAUCCCAACGAGUCAACAUGGUCCAGACAGAGGAGCAGUAUGUGUUUGUUCAUGAUGCCAUCUUGGAAGCCUGUCUAUGUGGGAACACAGCGAUUCCGGUGUGCGAGUUCAGAGCAGUUUACUACAACAUCAGCAGACUGGAUCCCCAGACCAAUUCCAGCCAAAUUAAAGAUGAAUUCCAGACGCUGAAUAUAGUGACACCUAGAGUGCGCCCAGAAGACUGCAGUGUGGGUUUAUUACCCCGGAACCAUGAUAAGAAUCGCAGCAUGGACGUUCUGUCUGCUGACCGAUGUCUGCCUUUUCUCAUAUCUGUGGACGGAGAAAGCUCCAACUACAUCAACGCUGCAUUGAUGGAUAGUCACAAACAGCCAGCAGCCUUCAUCGUUACCCAGCAUCCUUUGCCAAACACCAUGGGUGACUUCUGGAGGCUGGUGUUUGACUACAACUGCUCCUCCAUUGUCAUGCUCAAUGAGAUGGAUGCAGCGCAGUUUUGUAUGCAGUACUGGCCGGAGAAGAACUCAUGCUGUUACGGUCCGAUUCAAGUGGAGUUCAUAUCAGCAGACAUAGAUGAAGACAUCAUCAACCGAAUCUUCAGGAUCUGCAACAUGGCUCGGCCGCAGGAUGGUUACCGCCUGGUGCAGCACUUUCAGUUCAUCGGCUGGCCUGCCUAUAGGGACACGCCCCUUUCUAAGCGCUCCAUCCUCCAGUUGGUAAGGAGGUUGGCCAAGUGGCAGGAGCAGUAUGACGGAGGAGACGGGAGGACUGUGGUGCACUGCCUCACUGGUGGAGGGCGUUCUGGAACGUUUUGUGCCAUCUGCAGCAUCAAUGAGAUGAUCCAGCAGCAGAACAUUGUGGAUGUUUUCCACACAGUCAAGACACUGAGGAACAACAAGACAAACAUGGUGGAGACAAUGGAACAGUACAAGUUCUGCUAUGAAGUGGCUCUAGAGGCUCUGAACUCCUUCUGAUCUGAUGGUGGGCAAACGAGUCUCUGCUGCUGACGCUGCCCGUCUUUCUCAAAGCAACACUGAGACACACAAAGUGCAAAACUGCUUCAUGCUGAGCUGAACUCGACCUCAGAGAGGCUGUGUGUGUGUGUGUGUGUGUGUGUGUGUGUGUGUGUGUGUGUGUGUGUGUGUGUGUGUGUGUUCGUUCAUCUUUUGGUGAGCCUGUGACCUGUACAGAGGAUGGAAAAAAUGCCCCAACAUACACACUCAGUGUUUUGUGUGUGCAUCUGCUUCAGCAAGACAAUGGACUUUACAUGCUUGUACAAAGAGAAAUUAUGUUUAAAGAAAGUUAAGAUGUUUAAAAAAGCUAAUUUUUUUCUUAGUUUCCUCUCUGUCAGGUUGUGAUGUGACUAAUGUACAGUAUUUCCUUUUUAGAUAUAUUCUAAGCCUUGAAUGUUGUUUCCCUCUGAAGGCUCGAAGCACACUGGAAGAUUUUACACAACUAAAAUCAGGUUAAAACUAAGGUAAUCAACAAACUGCAACAAAAUAAAAUCUAAGAAUUUUCUAUAGAAUAUUUGUACUUUGACCGAGACAAACUGUUACAAAUGCAACAAAACAAAGUUGCAAAUCUCACAGAAUGACCAGUUCAGAGCAGAAUAACCGCAGAACAUGGAUUAGAACAUCCUACCUUUGAAGGCCAAAGUAACUGAAUCUUUUUUCUGUCUGGAGCUGUGAAAUAAUUAAAAGUGAGUCGUCCAGUGUGCAUCCUCUGUUUCUGUAAAUAAAAUAAGACAACCACAGUCAAACAAACAAACUAAUACCAGAACAAAAUUAUUUUAAAACCCUGCAGCUCUGAAAGGCCGUUUGUCAUUUUCAUUAGUUUAUAAUUUGGUGCAUAAUCUUUCUACAAAGUGUACACCUGUACAUGCUGUGUGAAAAAAAAUAAGAUUUUUAUAUUUUGCAUUUUGCCUUUUUAACUCCAGGGACAGAACCUGGGAUGCUUGGUUGUUAUUUUAGGUAAAAAACUAAAAUCAAAAUCAUGUCUCCAUCUAAUUCUUUUAGUGAUGCAAUUGCAUGUGUGACAUUAUGAGCUCGGCUGAGCUUUAGUAGCUUGUGGAAAGGUGUAUAUAUGGAAAAAGGUAACCUUUUUUGCACAAUUUUUGCAAUGAAAGAUGGAUAUCAUCCAUUUGUUAAGAUACGUACUCGUCAAUUCUGAUCAGAAAAAAAAAAUGUUAAGUGUCCUUGAUUUCCAUCCAAAUAAGAAAACAUGCCCUAAGGUUUUAGAGGUGAAAUUUCAGUUUUAACCCUCUCCUCAUUGUGUUUUUAAUCAUUAAAAUGACAAAGAUAUGGUUCAUAUUUAUUUUUCCUUUGUUAACAAUCAAUAAGACAUCUAAGCAGGUUUAAAAAUGAUCAGACUUUUAUGUAGAGCAGAAAACUAUUUCAGCUUGUAAUGUUAGACAACCUGCAUGGGGAGAAGGUGGACCUAAUUUGAAUUUUCUAGGUGCCGCAGGACGUACUUAUCCGUUACCGUCACUUAGUCAUGGGAAAGAGAAAGCACACUCUGUUUCCAUUCUUAGAUUUCACAUACCAGGACACGAAAAGUAUCUUUACCAGGUUCUAAGAUUAUUAAAAUGUGUACAAAAACAUGGAACAGUCACCACACCUGCUCAGAUAAAUUAUAAAAUCUCAAGAGCUCCAUCUUCAACUCUAGGCUUCAGUUACAUGUAAUAACAUUAACAUCUUCUCUGUGUAGCAAAGUAUUGUAGAGUCAAAUGUAAGCUCCCGUCUGACAGCUGAAACAUGGCCCAAACUGUGUCACUAGCAGGACUGCAAAUCUACCACAGAAUGGCUAAAAUAGAAUCAAACGCGGUGCUGCAGAGACACCAGUCAAAGACAAGACCUGACCUUAAUUAAAAUGCUGUGGUGGGACCUUAAGGAACCUUGCAAACAUAAGUGAACUGAAGCAACAUUGUGAGACUACUAGUAGUUAUUUCCACUACAGGUUGUUCUCCAACUAUCGGAAUCAUUGUUACUUAGAUUUACAACUUUUUCAUUUUGGCAACUUUCAUUUAUUGAAUAACUGUGGAGUUUGUAGGAUGUUUUUGUACACUUGAGGUUAGAUUUAAAUUGUUUUGGAACUGGGUGUAGACUUUAUUCUUUAUUUCCCAUGUCCUGAAAUGUUAAACACUAACACUGAAACAGUGAGUUCCCUCCUUUCACCCUAACUGUACCUUAAGCCUUUUAGAACCAGCACGCAUUGUCGUUUUUUUUUUUUCCAGACAUUUCUCAUAAUUGUCCAUGAUCACUGAAAGAAGCAGCAAACCUAACAUUUAUAAAAUAUGAUAAACUGUUCCGUCUGUGUUUAAGUUCUGGUUCUUUUUUUUUUUUUACUCGAGUCCAAUUGGACUCAUUAUGGACCUAUUGAGACAAAGAUCAUAACAGUUCUAUACUGAAGACAGAGUGAAUGCCAGACAUCUUUAUUCCUUGUCAUUUUUACAGAGGCUUUAUCUAUUUUAUUUCAUGUGCUUGGUUCACGGCUCUUAACCUGUACUAUAUUUUAUUUCUAAUUCAUUCAUUGUAGAGUUUUGUCCUGAAUUUGUACAUUUCUUUUGUAAAAUAAUCUGAUGAUUAUUUGUCAAGCAAAGUGCUGUUUGGAUCUGGUGAUGCCAUUUUCAUUUGUUGUUUAGUUGUUUGAAAUGUGGUUAACAGUAAAUAAAGGGACCAAAACAUUGAA